AUGGCAUACUUGUGGUUGGAAAAUGAUCACAGAUCCAAUGAAGAACAUAUCAGAAGAUGGGAUGCAGAGGGUGCACCUCUCGUCACCCGUACUAGACAACACAUAAUACCAAGUCCUCAUAUUGAAGAGUAUCUACGUCAAACCGGAUUUUUUGAGGUUUCUCAAAUAGGGCGUUACAAAAUCGAUAGACACAUCGUAACCGCUCUUGUAGAAAGGUGGCGGUCUGAAACACAUACUUUUCAUUUUCGAACGGGUGAAUGCACAAUCACGUUGGAAGACGUAUAUAUGUUACUCGGAUUACCUUUUUGCGGACCAUUUGUUACGGCUCCUCCAAAUCUUGCGUGGAACAUUUGUGCUCAAUUGUUGGGAAUAACUCCUCCAGCAAAUAAAACUGAUGGUUUUACCCUCUCAUUGUCGUGGUUAAAGGAUAAUCUGGUCGAUAAUAACUUCAGUGAACAAUCUCCUCCGGAGGUAAAAAUACAACACACUAGGAGAUGGACAGGUGCAGGUUCAAGAUACUAUGAAAAUCCAAGCCAUGACACUAUUUCUUACCGAAAAAAGUUUGAUGACAUACUACCCCAUGAUUUUAAAUGGAGACCAUACAAGAAUGUUCCACACAACUUGCCUGAAGAAUAUUGGGAGUGGACUGCAACAAGUUACCUUAUAUGUUUUGACAAAGUUGAAUGGCAUCCAACUGAUAGGGUCAAGCUCCAAUUUGGUCUGCCACAAGAAAUACCAGGGCCCCCACGAGACAUGACACAGUACCAUGUAAUAGACAAACGGUUCAAGACGUGGUACAAAUCAAAUGGUUAUCGCUUUCCACAAGAGUGCGAACAUUGGGACAACCGACGGAGUCAUACUUUACCACGCAUGCGGCCAAGAUCACUCACCCACACUCAUGCGUAUAUUGAGUGGUUGACAACCACAUGCAACCCACGUCUAAGGAUUUCAAUUGAAACAAACCCAUCAAAUUCAGAUCCAGACGAAGCCGAAGAAGAAGAGCCGGAACAUGAACCUGAAAUUCGCAACAACCAAACACCAAUUCAUGAUGAUUUUUGGGAUCAAGACAUUUUUUCUCAACUACAAGAUCAUCAAUCCCAACCACAUACAACCCAAAACAUUCAUGGUUCUGUAAUGUAUGAAUUUCUCGACACCCCCCAACAAAACAUCAUCCAACCACCACCAUAUACCUCCCCGAGAAAUGCAUAUGAGCCCCAUUAUCAGUCAACUUAUGGUUACAAUGACCCAAACCAAGCUGGCGCAUCCAACAACAACUACUUCUCCUAUAAUGACCCAAACCAAGCUGGACCGUCCAACACCAAUUACCCCCCCUACAGCAACCCACAGUACCCAAUGUACACCAACCAAAACUACAACCACCCACCAACACCAACAAACCUAUUAUCUCACUUUUCUCCGGCUUCGUUGAACUCUAGUGAUCAAUUUCUGGAUAUGGGAUGGCCAACAAGGGAACACGAUGUGUCAUUGUCAUUGGGUUAUGGUAGUCAAAUACAAUCAGCUGCAGAUAACAACGACGAAGACCAACAUGACCCUCAAGUAAAUCGCGGAAGAAAUCGUCGAAGACGAGGGUGUGGGACAGCCGGGCAUUUAUAAUAAUUGUAGAUAUCAUGAUAUUUAAUAUGUUUAUUAUUUUUUUUCCUUCU